AUGCUCUGGACGAGUGGAGAUCUGGCACAGUGGCUCCUGGGGGACCGAUUGGUCCAGCUGGUUGGAGGAGAUGGGCCCUGUAUUGGGAGGGUAGAAGUCAAUUCUGGAAGAAAACGGAGCACAGUCUGUGAUUGGAAUUUUAGUCUUUCUACUGCCAAAGUCAUCUGUGCUGAAUUAGAAUUUGGGACUGUAGUCUCUAUCAUGAAAAAAGCCCACUUUGGAAGAGGAAAUGGAUACAUCUGGGAUAAAGAAUUCCAAUGUAAUGGAAGUGAACCGCUUCUGUCAUUAUGCCCCACAGUACCACUUCCACAGGGAAAAUGCAGUCACAGCAUGGAUGUUGGAGUCAUUUGUUCAAGGUACACAGAUUUUCGUCUGAUGAAUGGAAGCUCCCAAUGUGAAGGAAGAGUAGAGAUCCAAGUUUUUGGGACCUGAGAACUCUGUGACUCCCACUGGGACCUGGGAGAAGCCAAUGUUCUCUGCCAUCAGCUCAACUGUGGUGUUGCCAUGAAGCCUCCAGAAGAUGUAUAUUUUGGCAAAGGAAGUGUCCCGACCAUAAGGGAUACAUUUUACUGCACAGGAACCGAGUCUCAUUUAUGGAAUUGUUCAGUGACUAUCCUGGGGACUUCUCCAUGUUCCAAAGGAAAAGUUGCUUCUGUGGUCUGCUCAGGAAACCAGACACAGUCCCUCAUGUUCAAUAAUUCACAGUCUGACCAGGAAAAGGUACCUGUCUUAUUUUCAGAAAUUGGACAGCUUCGUCUGUUGAAUGGAAGAGGUCCCUGCUCUGGAAGAGUUGAAGUCUAUUACAAUGGUACCUGGGGGACUGUCUGUGAUGAUUCUUGGGACUUGAGCGAUGCCCAUGUGGUGUGCAGGCAACUGGGCUGUGGAGUGGCCCUCAAAGCCAUGGUCUCUGCUCACUUUGGACAAGGAUCAGGGCCCAUCUGGCUAGAUGAGCUUAGCUGCUCUGGAAAUGAAUCCCACCUAGGAGAGUGCCCUUCCCUCCAUUGGGGUCGGCAUGACUGCAGGCACAAAGAGGAUGCAGGAGUCCUCUGCUCAGAAUCCCUGGAUCUCAGGCUGGGAAGUGAGGACCAUAAUUGUUCUGGAUGGCUAGAAGUUUUCUACAAUGGAACAUGGGGUAGUGUUUGCUCCAACUCCAUGGACUACAAUACUGUAUCAGUGAUUUGCAGACACCUGGAAUGUGGUGCCAAGGGGAAUAUUGAAACAUUUUCUAGCUCCCAAGAAAGUUGGAAUGCCCGGUGGAUAGACAAACUCAAAUGCCAAGGUCAAGAAUCCUUCCUCUGGCAUUGUUCUCAAUCUUGGGACCAGAAUUCUUGCCACCAGGGCGACGAAGCCUUUGUCACAUGUGAAGUUGAGAAGUUGCCAUUGGCCUCAAAAGCUUUGUCUAGAUGUGGGGAUUCUGUUUAUGAAGCCAUCUACCAAGAGAUCGAUUACCACCUCACAGGGCACAAGGAGGACAUUCUGAGUGGCCCAGAUAUCUCAAGUCAGCCUUAUGAUACCCCAGGUGAUGGGUACGAUGAUGCUGAAGAAUUAUCUGGGCCUGAAAUUCCUCCUGUCACCCAGAUGAAUGAAGGGAGUACUUUGGAAUCUACCAAUGAGUGGGAUGAGUACACAGCAUCACACACAGGUCAGUCUCCUGAGUUCUUUGGGGGAUCCUCUGAGUCCAGGCUGGGAGAAGAUGACCCACCAAUGUCUUCUGAGGACCUGGGAUAUGAUGAAGCUGAGAUUGGUGUCCCUCAGAUGUCACUUUAAGAUC